AUGCGUUUCGCCGCAACUUUACUCUCUGUACUUGCUGCCGCUGGCCUGGCUGCAUCCCAACCAGGCCCCCUCCGUACCCCAAGAAGGAUCGACGUCGACUAUGUUACGAAGAUCUUCAAAAACUUGGAAUCGACCAACACAAGCAUGCGAUUCAUGGACUAUGUCGACGACAAUGUCCAGUGGACGGUAGCCAACCCCGAUCCCAACUUUAAAUCCUUCUCGCUCGCUGGGCUGUACACUUCGAAGCAAGACUUCAUCGUCCGGGCAGAAGGUCCCGUUGGCGCCGCACUAGCCACCCCCCUUACCACCGAGGUCAUCUCGGAGCCCAUAGUCAUGGGCAACCGCGCCAUCGUCGAGAUGCGGUCGAGAGACGCUGGUGGAGUCAACCUCCCCCGCGGUAAGAACGGCAUGCUCUACGACAACCGCUACGCUUGGCUCGUCAAGUUCGACGUGUCCACUGGCUUGAUCAUUGAGACGCAUACCUACAUGGAUACCGCCAUGCUGGCGAAGCUGUUGGAUUAUUAG